ACUACAUUUAAAAAAAUGUAACUUUAGCGAUAGCGAGCUACUUUUUGGGGGGAGUAGCAGUAGCGUUAGCGUGCUACAAAAAAACAGUAGCGUCCCGACCACUGUUUAUAAGUUAACCAGCCUGGUUAAUGAGUGGGGACUGUUUGAUUUUCAGCCGGUUUCAAUAAUAAACAAUAUAAUAUGGUAAUAUUACGAUCGGUUAUGUGAAACGUGGUGCAGUGACAUAUUAUAGGUUGCAGAGUUAAGUCAUUCGUUUUCAAAAUCCGAGUGUCGCCAUCGACACCAUGCACCAUUGACGGACCACCACCAUCAUCAUCGUUGUAGUCGUCGUCGUGUUCCGAAUACAAAGAAAACAAACAGAAUUUCAAUACGAUGUUUGCUCGCAGACGUUACAUUAUGACUCUAAGUGAAUACAAUUGGAACCAUUCUCAUAUUAACGGACUCGUAUUCGUAAUUUUACUGUUGACUUCAAGUGUGGAAAUUAUAGCAGACAAUGUAAAUAUAACGGAAGGCGGAUCAAGUCAAGAAAUCAAUUGUACGCUUUAUAGGUCAUGCACACUCUGGUUGCAGUUGGCUGAUUGAAAAACAAAUUUGUCUCGAUUCAAAUCAGAUUCUAUCAGGGAAGUUCAUAGUCGAUAUAAAAGAAUCAUGCCCAGCGUAUGCUGUGACAUAUGAUGAUUAUUCGUUACAGGUUACGGUUUCGAAUAUCGAGGCAAAAAGUGUAAAAACUUUUUUUAAUGUAAAUCCAAAUAUUGGUUGUGAAAUAGAAAAUGCAACUUAUAACGCUUCAAUCAAUAAUGGAGUAAUAACUUGUAAUUGGGCAGACAAAGAACAAAGAACAACUAAAACCAAUCCUUUGUUUAUUUUUUAUUUUUCAAUCGUUGUCAACAACGUAAGAUUACAGUUCGACAAUCCACGAGACCAUUACAUCAGUUAUCACGGUUGGACUUGCCCGAAAGAGAAUUGUACGAUCAGUUUUUGGGAAAGCGAUUCGAGAAAAUAUUACUGUAAAUGGUGUUUAAAAAACGAUGGUUGCAAGACAACAGCCGAACAACCGAACAGUUGCGACAUACGGUACGCGAUUAACAACGAGAAAUGGAAGGACGACGCACCGCUGUCCAAGAUCGAAGUCAGAAGUCCUGAAGUGGCGAUCGAGUCUUUCGAACCAGACGUGUUGAUGUACCAACGCAAUACGUCGUCGGUCGUGAGCAUCACCGUCAAGAACCAUAGGUUUUUGGCCGAAGGCCGGUCGACGACAGUGACCUUGGCCGGGCAGAGUUGUGACGACCCGGUCACGGUCGACGAUCAGACGGUUAAUUGCACUGUUGGUCUUGGUUACCUAAAUGGGCUUAAAGAAGGUCCGGUGGUAAUCGAGUACGCGGGGAUUACGAGUGUGUUGAUACUGAAGUCAGCACAAAAGUUCAGGUUCAUCGGACCGAGGUUAACGGACGUCAACCCUACCUGCGUACCUGCCACGGGUGGAACCCGGAUAGAACUGACUGGCGAGUAUCUGAAUGCCAUACCUAACGUCCAGCUGUUCUUCAGAAAUAUAAGGACGAAAGUGAUGUGUGAUAUCAUUGAAAUCACGCACGACCGCAUCGUUUGCGUGACCGGCGCUCACACGGGCGAACCAAAAUCUGGUCCGUUGCUAAUCGUGUUUGACGGUGCAGUUGGCAAGUUCUACAAAAAAAAAAUGUUCACAUACGUCAACGAGCCAACCGUCCUGGAUGGUCAAGUAUUCGAGGGCCUCGCAUCUGGUGACGUCUCGUUGACAGUCCGAGGUGGUUUUGACUGCACGGAAAACCAGCAGAUGUACGUCGACUACAAUGGGACAAGGUACUAUGGUAACUGUGUGGUGCGUGACAACAGCAAUUUAACGAUGUACUGUUGGCCUCCGAAGCUCGACGAUCCGGGUCAGAUGAUGAGUCUUUCACUCGGGUUUCGUGUAGAUUUGGCUGGUAAAGUGGUGAACUUGCCCCAACAGACGCCGUACUUACUCCAUCCCGACCCGGUUUACACUGACUUCGAAGUGUUCGACGGCACCGUCGUCCGUGUGGAUGGCAUAUUUCCGGACCUGUUGCAGCGUCGCCGACCUAACGGCAGCUACAUCCUCGAAGUCACAUUCCGUGGCGAUGAGGCGGACCAUGACGAGAGGUUUAUUAUGGUAAACGUAACCGAGAAUUAUAUCGAGUGCCGAUCACCUUUCGACACGUCGGUUGCUGAUAUUCUAGAGAUCGCGAUCACAGUCGACAAACAAGUCAAACGGACCGUGGUGCAAAGAAGACACAGACGGUAUUAUGCGAUCGUACGGUUACUCAGUCCGCAACAAGUUAUCGGUGGUUUUUCGGCCAUGUUGAUAUGCGUAUUCUGUGCUGUAGUAAUGUACUAUCGUAGGAUUAUCAUAUCAGAAAUUAAUAUGAACGUUUAAAAACACAACAUUAAUCUAUUUUUAGCAAACCUAUAAGCUUAUUUUCGCAAGAAAUGGGUUGUUAUCACUUAUCAUUGAUCAAUUAUCAAUUAUCAUUAACGACGAUUAAGACGAUAUCGAUUUAUUAUAACUAAUAACUAAACACGUCUACAUUAAUAUAUGCUAAUAUACGCUAUGCCGAAUGACUAUGUUGCUAUGUCUCAUAUUAAUAUAUUAUAAUCCCAUUAUGUCGCAUUACUAUAUUUUAAUAUUUACUUAUGUCCCUACCGAUAUAAUUGUACUAACAAGGCACCGGCCCAAAACCCAGCCAAAGACAGCGGCCCACUGUCCUCUAGGACAGUAGACCACUGGGCCAGUCCGGCCCUGAGCACAUGGAUAAACAAUAUAUAGGAGAACUUCGAAACAUCACCGCCGGAAUAGACGACACCACUGAUUAUUAUUUAUUGAAUUCAAACACUGGCAAGAGGCCGAAGACCAGGCAUUGUAUUACGUUGGAAUUAAAAAUACUGCAUUAUUGGGACUAAUGUAAAAUAUCUCAUUGUUUAAAAUAAUGGGUACAUUUUAAUAUUAUUAUUUUAAUAUUUUUGAGUUGUUAAUUAAUGAUAAUAUAGGAGUUAAUUGUGCAGGAGUUAUAUUUCUAUAAUUUUUAUGAUUUUAAGUCGUUCGUGUCACCGAUGUUUAAAAUGGAUUUUAUAUGGCAUGUGUUGUCUCCUUAUGCUCUUGAAAUAAUUUUGUUCUUCCUUAGAUAAUAUAACUGGUAUAUACGAUAUACCUAUUACCUAUACUUAUGAACUUUGUAAUACUGUUAUUUGUAUUAAUUAUUUUUAGUUAUAAUUGAUGCAAUAAUGCUACUUUUAUUAGAUUAAUGAUUUUUUACAUUUUAUAUAUUAAUAAAAGGUAAAGUUUAUAAUAUCAUAUGGUUAUAAGUCUGUAGCCAUGUUCAAGCUACAAAUCUAUGUAAUUCAGGAUAUCAGAAAUAUUGACUAGGUAUAUAUGUUAUUAUAACUUAAUAUGUAUCAAUGUAUCAUUCUAUUCUGUUUUAGACCAUAAUAAUAAUGGUUUUAUUAAAUAUCACAAAAGGAAA